AUGUCAACUUCUUUAAAUCAAGAAUAUAAUCAAUAUUCACAACCUUCUUCUACAAUUAUAUUACCUAUAUCAAAUAAUCCUUAUUUCUUAUGUAACAUUCUUGCGGAUAAUGCGAGAGAAUAUAUUAUGUUAUCAAAUCAUUCAUUUUUCGGUUUAUUUGAUGUAAUAUAUGCAUUCAUUUUAGCAAUUGUAUUAGGGUUUAUGAAUCAAACAACAAUAACUUAUUCAAUAUCUAUAGCCAUGAUAAUAAUAUGGAUUUGGUUAAAACUUAAUAUAGUAAAAGAAGAAAGUAUUUUAUCAAUUAGAGAUGUUGGUAUACAAGUAAAAACUAUUUAUAUGAAUGGUAGAAGUGUAUCUAAAUUUAUUGAUAAAUCAAAAAUUUCUGAUAUUAUAAUUAAUGAAGGUAUAACUAUGUUACAAGUUAAAUUUUAUAUGGCUAUAAUUGUUGAUGGUCAAGAUAGAAUGGUGGUUGUUUUUGAGCAUUUAUUACCAAAAUUAAAUAUUUUAUUACAAGUAUAUAGAGGUACUAGAUAUGUAAUAUUUAAUGAGAUUGAAGAAAAUUCUGAUAUUGAUGGUUAUUCUCAUUCUAUUCAUUCUUAUGAUAUUAAUUCAUGA